AAUCCGCAACGAUACGUGUGACGUGACGUAAAAAAGUGCAUGUUCGCACGUGUAGAGUUGUAGGUCUAAUCUUCAAUUUAUUUUUAGUCUUAAUUAUAAAUUGUAUUGAAAAAUAAUAAAACAACAGGUUUACUCCAAUUUAUUCGUGAAAACCUCUAUACUUGUUGUUCGUGAUCUCCUCACAGCCCGUGUAAAGAUGUGAAAUAUAAUCAAGAAAUGUCCAAAGAAGGUUAUAGUUCCGAAAAAAGAGAAGGUGAAAAUAAAGUUUUACUCUUAGAAAGAUUGCAAACGUAUCUGAAAGACAAGAAGAGUUCUGACGUCGCCGAAGCGGGGCUCAGUUACAGUAAACCGAGCACUAGUUACGAGCACGAUCAUCCACCACCGUUCCUCGAGGAAUCUACGAACAUAUUGAGAGACGUGCUGAACCAUAAGAAGGCGGAACUGCUGCGGCAACCGGAAAUAGUAUCUUUUUUAAAAUCUGUUUCUUCUGACUUGAAGAAAUAAGUAAAGAUGGCGGUCGCAGCUCAAAAGAGCAUUGCAUCUCUGAUGCGCAAGACUCUGGACCGGCAAGAGGCCACGGCACGCAUCAACUUUAGAUUCAAAGAGCGCCAAGUCGAGAAAAUUAUUCUACACUUCGUAAAAGAUAGAAACUCUGUCCCUUACACGGAACUAGUCAAAGUGCUUAGAGAAUAUCCUCUAAAUGACGAUAACCUUAAGAUCUUAAUAGAGGAUUGCUUGACUUGCGUGAUGUUCUUAGGACGCGAGUUUAAGCAGUUUUUGGCACUGGUGUGUAAGGUGGACUGGUCGGAUCGUAGUGAGGAGUUGGUCGAGCUGUUUGGCCGUUUCACACUUAACCUGGUGACGGCACACACAUACCACUGCCCUAUGGUGCUAGCUAAUUUAGUAACACAAUUUAAAGCAAAUGGUGACAAUUGGGAUGGGCAUCCACCAGCUGGGACUGUAAAACUAUGGUCCAACAUACACUCCCUUAUUGCACAAAUAGUUGCAACAAUGCCUAUGACCAGUGAUCUGCUAAUGCAGAUAGUGAUAGAACAGUUUCCAUACUACAAAGCUGGGUGUGUCCCCAAUAGAGCAUAUAUACACAAUCUGAUCUGGAUGACUAAGUACCUUCCAUCAGUUAGGGAACAUAUCAUGACAGCUAUAGUUAUUAGAAUGGUAGAAAUGGACUCAAACAUAGUAGACCGAGCCAAGAACAAGCAGCCAGAGCUGAUGUUCGAAAUGGAGACAGACGAGAAAGACGAGCUAGCCCCAACACUAGAUUACUGCAUGCUGGAGAUGCUGAGGUGGCUGGAAGAUGAGCGGGAUCCAGUACUGUUCACUAUUUGCAACGUGUUUGAGAGGAUUGUGCUGCCUACACAUGGGAUCAAACACGUCCAAUUCCUCCUGCUGUACGCGACAUCGAUCAGCCAGGCGUGCGCCGACCGGGUGCUGGAGCGGCUGUGGGCGGCGGCGGCGGGGCUGCAGGGCGCGGGCGCGCUGGCCACGCGCCGCACGGCCGCCGCGCACCUCGCCGGCCUGCUGGCGCGCGCCGUGCGCGUGCCCAACACCAGACUGAUCCACUACUUGCGAAGCAUGUCCGAAUGGUGCCACUCGUACAUAACGGCCACGCAGGAAACUACCUCCAACGACAACACGAAAGUUCACGGCACCUUCCACGCGAUCUGCCACUCGAUAUUCUACCUUGUGGCCUUUAAACACCACCAUCUCUUCGCCAGCAAAGAGAAUUUAAACUUCGUGGAAUCGCUAAACCUGCCUCGCUUGGUGACCUGCAGCCUGAACCCGCUGCGCAGCUGUCCCCCGCAGGUCACCCGCGGCUUCGCGGCCGUCACCCGCUCGCACCAGGUCGUCUACUGCCAGGCCAUCAUCGAGAAGAACAGUCGAGUCACGCUCCAAGCUACUAAUAUCCAGGAGUAUGAUGAUUGGUUCCCGUAUGACCCUUACAUGCUGCCUGUGUCCGGUAAAAUGAUCUGGCCCCUCUGCGUCGAAUAUAAAGACUGGGGCAAAGACAACGAAGACGAAACCCAAUACUCCGGCAUGAAACGGAAACUAGAAGAAGAUGACGACUUCCUCAUGACUGCCAGUCCUUCGCAGAAACUAGCUAGCUCGCUGUCAAACUGCAUUUCACCUGGAUUUAGGACGAGUGAGAGUGUUAUGUAAAUAUAAACUCUAACGUCAUAGUAUUAGAGUCCACUCCGGAAUGAAGCAAAAUCUAGAAUGUCGAAUUUUUAAUGGCCGCCAUUCGAUCGCAAAAAAUAUAGCUUGUUUUUAGCAUAAAAAAAAAACAAUCUUGACAUAUCUUUAUUGAAAAGCGCUUUUUAAAAAUCAGAAACUGUAUAUAUGUCAUUAGUAAUAAAAGCAAAAGCAGUAAUGAAAGUAAAUGAUCGUGUAUGAUUUAUAAUUGUUGCAUAUUUGCCGUGACUUAUUUUUCAAAAGCGUUUUUCAAUAAAAAGACACGUCAAAAUCGCUAACCUUCUUUCUAAUGCUAAAAAACAGACUACUUAUAGCUAUAGAUCGUGUCAUUCACGAAGACGUGUGGCUUGACUCGUAAUGUCAUGUUAGUAAAGGUUAGAUUUGACAAAUCUGCGCGUCAUCGUGGAUGACAUGAACUGUCACCAGUGUUGGCAGCAUGAGGUGGCGUCAUGGUUCCAUUUUUAUCACUUGUCACUAUGUCCGUCACUUUCGCGCUUACAUACUUGUUAGAACGUGACAGGCAUGGGGAAAAAUGAUAAAGAGCCGACCAUCUUAGCCCUGAUGGUUCCAUUUUUAUCACUUGUCACUAUGCCCAUCACUUUCGCACUUACAUACUUGUUAGAAUGUGACAGGCAUGGUGACAAAUGAUAAAGAGCCAACCAUAUUAGCCCUAUUGGAUUCAGAACUAGUGAGAGAGUUAUGUAUGUGAAUAUCAACGUUAAUUUGAUAAAGUUAGAACACAAGCUUCCAUAACUGUACUUAUGUGAAUUUCAACUCUAAUUUUAAUAAUAUUAAAGUACGAACACUGAUAUCAUCCAGGCUCUUCUCCAUAUCUUAAAAGUUGGCAGCAGGCUGACACAACUAGGAACAAAAAAAGUUUUGUAUGGAGUUUGUUUCGCAAAUCAUUGCCAACAAAGAAAAAUAAAACGUCAGUGCUAUUUUUUCUGUCAAGUUUACAUCAAGUCAACUGUCACCCUAAUUGUUUUGUUUGUUACGAAGGCUUCAAAGUUUUUUUCAGGUAUUUCGUGCAAUUUCUUUUUUAUUUAGUGAAAAUAAUCGAAAAUAGUGAACUGUGAUCAGAGUAAAGAGCGAGUUUGUUACAAUGCCACCGAUAAAACGGUUUACUAAGUGUGAAAUAUGUGGCAAGCGAGCCACUCGAGAAAAUCACGAAAAAUGGGAUUUUAUGGCGAAAUUUCCCUUGGAUGAAGAACGGUAAGUAUUGCUUUAGAUACUUUUGACCUUAUUUUGGUGCAGCAGGCUUUAAACACAUCGAAAAUUAGAUAUCUUAUAUUCUUUUUAGUUGUGAACUAGGGAUGUACUAAAACUAUCGAUAACUGUAUGUUUAUUUGUAUAUCAAUGUAAAUAAUAAAAUAAAAUAUGUGAAAUUUCCUGUGAACUUGCAAAGCGCUACCCUGAUCCUUCCUAAUGGGGAAGAAAAAGCCCCUUUCCAACAAAAAAAAAUCGGGUCCUCAUUAAGCCCGACCACGUAUUAGUCCACUCAUAGAACUAUCCACUAUAUAACAUACAACUUAAAUGUGGACUCGAUCCUAACCUGAUUUCGAGUACAAAAUUUGUAGACAGGAGUCUAUGUUUCAACCCUCCCCAUUUUAUCGAUAAGAAACGCAAGCGUGUAGCGUACUACACUAUUUAAAUCGCUUAUGUUGGUACUUUGGUUCUUUGUCGUACAGUCAAGGUAUUAAAUAUCGACACGGACAAAGUGCCAAAAAUAUGUUCACACUACUGUAAUGUAUAGACAAUAAGGUCGUGUAUACAUAUUUUUGGCACUUUGUCCGUGUCGAUAUUUAAUACCUUGACUGUACAUUUUGGUAAUGAUUUGCGAUACAAACUGAUCCCACUCGCUAGUAUGGGAGUCCCGUCUCUUAAAACGUAGUGAUUAUAUAAUUAUGCUCUUUGGUCGGCAGCUCGCAGUCCAACUGCAUGUUGCCUGAAUCAUUUAACUUAAGACAAGUAAGACUUAUGUGAAUUUCGACUUUAACUUUAUAGCAUUAGAGUAGGUACAGUCGCUAUCAGAUAUAUCUGAGCGGCCAAAGCGCUCACAAAUAUCUGAACACACCUUUAGUAUUGUCAAGGCGUUAAAGUGCUUGUUCAGAUAUUUUUGAGCACCUUGACCGCUCCAAUAUAUUUGAUGGCGACUGUACCAUCAGCCGUAAAAGUGCAUGGCGAAUUAAUCAAUUAAUUAAUUCAUAAUUUCGCAGAUCAUUAUUACAUACUUGAUGACACCCAGUUCGCUGGUCAGCCGGGUCUUUAGAACCAGUGUUAUAUACAUUUAGGGGUCAUCCAUUAACUACAUCACACGAUCUUCUAGGUAUUUUGACCCCUCCCCCCUCCUUGUCACACAUGGUCACAUUUAGCAAACCCCUCCCCCCUAGUGGGACGUCACAUUUUUGGCAAUUUUGAUUUCAACGAAAUCGGCAAAAAGAAUGUUUUAUCAAAAUAUACCAAAUAUAUAAUAGUAAUUUUAUAACCCAAAACUGAUUAGGAAAGAAAAUUUAAACGAAUAAAAACAAUAUCGUUCCAAUAACUUCUUAUUUAACUGUGCAGUGAAUAAAAAUCUUUAAAUAAAUCUUCGGUUACUGAUGCUUAAAUUAAAGUGACGUCACAAAGUUUGUGACUCCCCCCUCCCUCCCCCUAAACGUGUGAUGUAAUUAAUGGAUGACCCCUUAUUUGUUAUAAAUAUUUUGAUUAAUAUGGUACUAGUAUGUGCUUGUACUUCUCUGAACAAGGUUUUUUUUUAGACGAAAAUUAUACAGGUAUAUAUUAAAGUUGACUGGCCAUUUGUGAAUCUUAUUUGCAAAUACAUAAGGCCAACCAACAUGUUGCUGUCCGGCUGUAAUGUUUAAAAUAAACAAUUUUCGUUUAUUUUUAAUCUUCCAUAGAUAAUUCCUUAAGGGAUACAGUUAUUUUACAAGUGCGCAAAUUAAAAUAUAUUUUUAAGUAGCACUUUUUUUUACAUAUUCAAUAGUAUAAGGACUUUCUCUAAAUUAUUUAACUAUGUAGUAAACUACAAAGCAUUACUAAUUUAAAUUAUUUUACAGUACAUAUGGUGAUACUUUACCGCACUAGUGCGAUAAUUAGCAUAUUACGUUACUGUAUCAAACAUUUAAAGGGCCAUAUGUACUGUAAAAAGUUGUACGAUACAUGUGCGAAUAGGUAAUUCGCAACUCGUGUCGAUUUAAAACACUCCCUUCGGUCAUGUUUUAAUUUAUCGCCACUCGUUUCGAAUUUCCUAUUAUUCGCACUUGUAUCGUAAUGUACUAUUUUACGGUUGUAAAAUUCUCAUGUUUCAGUGUUAGAGCAAUUAACAGAAAAUGUGUUUAUUUAAGCUUUGUAUAUUUAGCCCCGCCUAUCAUAAGCACAUUCUCUGUUAAUAUAUUGUGAAGUUAGCAGGCAAAUGGUACUUGCUUUUUGUCAAUCGACAAAGUGGUACAGUUUACCUCCCGCCACAUUUAGGAACAUAUAUUUUGUUUUUUUGUUUAUAUGUGUCUGUACCCUAAAUAUGAUUAAAAAAAUAAAUAAAAAUGCUAGUUUUUGGUAACAAUUUUUACCUUUGCAUAUUGGUUUGAUGUGAUACUCUUUUGAAAUGAUUUGAAAUGAUACUCUUUUGUUUGCUAAGGGUAUAGACACCAAUUGCUUUCGGAAAUUAUUUUUAUAGGUAAUUAGAAAAUGUCAUUAGAAAACUUGUAUAUAGUUCGUUCGCGUUGAAUGCAGUAAAAUCAUCAGUGUCCGGCUUAGCGAUGUUGGUAACCAAUCAAAUCGUUCUAAUUAGGUAUGAUUUGAUUGGUUACAGGCGUGACCAGACCGACGGACAAUGAUGAUUGAUGAUUUUACUGCAUUCUUGACGCGAACGAACUAUAGAUUUUUUACCACUGGUGGUUAUAUUUGGCAAACAAGUUAAUCGAAUUACUUUACAUUGCUUAUAUAUACUUGAUAUAAAUAAACAUUAUAAGAUUGUUUAAAGAAAGGCUAGUAAGUUAUUUAGUUUUAAUUUUUAUAAAUAAAUGUAUUUAUUAUA